CUUCAGUGUGCCUGCUUUGAUAGUCGACCUGCAUCAAUCAUUCUUUUGUUCAUGCACUUUUAAGUGGUGGACACUCAUUUGUGUUCUAUUGGGGCCAAUUUGCUUGGAUACCCGCUUUCGCAUCUUCUAUUGUCAUCAUUGCUCAUGGUUCCAAAGAAACUCAAUCAUUAUAUUGAUUUUCUUCCAGCCAUUUCGAUAACUACCGAAGUUUGAAACAUGAUGGAACAGGCUUUAGAACUCGUCUCAGCUUUGAGAUUGGACACGGAAUUCUUGCCCGGAGGUGUUAAGCACAGAAGACAUAUACCGAAGCCGGAACCAAGCCAACCUUCCAAACCAAUCAAGAAACGCAAGAGACCUAACGAGUAUCUCGUUCAAAUCGGGCAAGACUCGCCUUUGCAGGUCGAAGAAGAAUCACCUGUUCAAAUCGAAGGGGGGUCGCCUAACCAAAUCGACGCAGAGUCAUCUAUCCAGACCGAGGAGUCGCCUAACCAAAUUGACGGAGAGUCAGCUAUCCAGAUCGUGAAGCCCUCUGUUCCCGAGGAGACCGUGCUAAUCGAAAUUGAAGAGACAUGGGACAUCGAACCAAGUUCAAUCAUUGGCCAAGGCGCCUUUGGAAUUGUACGUUUUGAGCGACGUCGACCGCAGAUGGACAAUCGUACACAGGCUACUCACAACCAGGUUCGAGCAGUGAAAGAGAUUAGGAAAUUAAGCACUCUAGAUUACAUGAAAGAGCUCCAAGCUAUUGCAAAAUUUUCACAGGCUCAAUACGAGCACUACUUUGUCCAAAGCUAUGGAUGGUUUGAAAAUCAAGAGUCUGUAUUUAUCACGAUGGAAUACCUGCGCCUUGGAGAUUUGGCACGCUUCAGGGACCGUGAUGGCCCAUUCCCCCAAAAAUCAGCCGGGCUUAUUGUACGACAAGUCCUUGAAGGGAUAAGAUUCAUGCAUGAGAUCAAUUUCGCCCAUAGGGAUUUGAAGCCAGGCAACAUCUUGGUGGCAUCUACAUUGCCUUGGACAGUCAAAAUUGCAGAUUUUGGCAUCAGCAAGCAGUGCCACGAAGGAACACAGUUGCAAACACAACUUGGCACUUCCGAAUACAUGGCACCCGAGCAAAGGGGCCACUUCAGAAGUAGUCACGGUGUUUCUGCGUACUCUCUAUCCGUCGAUAUUUGGGCCAUUGGCGUGAUAACCAUGGAACUAGUCUUAAAACAUCCAUUCUUGUACCCAUCUGAUCAGGAAGAUUAUACCCGAGGUAUCAAGCCGCUCAAUUUUAGCGACCCUUCGGAAAUUGGUAUCUCCGCAUCGUGUCAAGAUUUCAUCAAGAGCUUAUUAACUCCAAAUCCGACGCAUCGACCAACAGCGGAGGCUGCAAUUUCCCAUUCAUGGUUUGCUCAAGUAGCGCUCUGGCUGGAUCAAGAUGAUUCACUCUUCGUUCAAGAUGAGGCCAUUCCAUCUCAACGCCGCGAUGCUGCCACCGCUUCCCCCAUGCCAUUACUCAGCUGGUCCACUUUCGGAAACCUACGGCUUACCAACAGGUCCCAAAGAGAGAAUCGCAGCACAAGCAGUUCUAGCAGUACAAGAGGUAGUCGAAUCACAAAAGGCUCUCGCAGUACCCAAGAAAUUCAUAGCUCACGCAAUACAACGGAAACAGAAAUUACAGUUCUGGGCACUUAUCAUGGUCGAUCUUUUGAUCCCACGCUUCUAGCUUCAUCAUUUCGACAUCUCUCCCUGGACACGACAAAAUACUUUGUCUUGCGAUCCGACAAUGAAACGGACAUGGAACUAUGCUUUGCCCACGGCAGAUGGACAGCUAUGCCAGAUGCAAACAAAAGACUCGAUAACGGUUAUCGGAGAUCAGGUGGCAACGUGCUCAUUUUCUUUUCAGUUGUUAGAAGUCGUAAAUUUUGCGGCAUUGCUAGAAUGACAAGUCCCAUGAAUUGGAACACCACAGAUCCCGAUUGGGUACCCAGACCCGAUGGCAAAGAUUACCAAGGGCGAUUUACCGUUGAUUGGGUAUGCUUGAAUGAGCUAUCCUUCGAUGGUAUAAAAAGUGUACCAGCUUAUCUUGGGACGGGCCGCCGCGCUAUAGCUGUUAUGGAUGGGCAGGAGAUUUGCCCCGAAUCGGGAUACGAACUGUUGAGGGCAUACUCACAAGAGGACCAAAGAUCACCGUGUCGCUUGGAGAGACAACGGAUUGAAAGCGUCGAUAUGUAGAUUAUGCUUGCAGCUCCGACUUUGCUAUACUAGUCACACUACUUUAUAACAAGUUGACUCACUAACCCUAACCCUAAUCAACUGUUUAAGGAAUUUAGACCACCACAUAACAGGUCAUUUCUUUUAAUAUAUGCUUGUGCUCACAGAGGGCAAUUAUUAGGUUAAUUCUUCGUUAGGGUGCAAUAGUCUUUAGGAGGUCAGACAAAUAUAUUUUAGGCAUAAGACGGG